CACAAUUAUGACUUAUUGUAAUAUAUUUUCUUCUCUUGAUAACGUUUUCUUUAACUUUGGACUCGGCUACGUUCAUCAAGGCAUUGCACCGACUGAAGAUAUUCCUGAUAGCAUGCUGUUACAAGUUGCCCGUCGCAUCAGUAAAGAAAAGUUUUAUGAGAUCGGCAAUCAACUGGGUUUUGACAGGACAGAAUUAGAACAUAUCGAACAUCGAUCUUUGUACAACAGGAAGGAUGCUAAUAUCCAAAUGCUCUAUAUUUGGAAAGCAUCUCAAACAUCAAAGGAUAAAGGAAAGGAGAAGCUGCGGAUGGUCUGGAAAUCCGUCUCGGAAACAUCUAAAGCGACUUGCAUGAAUGGUAUCCUGUAUUUUUUCUUUAGGAAAUGCACUUAUAGACAUUUUCAUUUCCUUUUUGUCUCGCCCACCAGAGGUGAAGGCGAGAAUUAGGUAUCCAAAUGUCGUCUGGCGUCCGUCGUCCGUUCGUCACAAACCUGUAAUGACACAUAACUCCACAACCGUAAGUCACUUUUCAACCAAACUUGAAUGGUAGAUGG